CUCCCUUCCAACCCAUGUGUGUGUGUGUGUGUGUUUGCGGAAAUGUCCUGGUACUAAACGUGCCCUCUCGCUGGCAACAACACUGACUCCCAGCAAAGCGACCCGAGACACUUGUGCAUUGACCUCACCCCGAAUACCAGCCAGGGGGAUUUAUCGCCCUUCCGGAAAUAAGGAGAGUGUUAAACAAGAGAGAGAGAGAGAGAGAGAGAGAGAGAGGGAAAAAAAGCGAAAGUGAAAGUUAUAGCAUGCGGGUCAGCGCCUGUGGACGCAGCGCAUUGCGAGAGGGGGCUUUUGAUCCUUGCAACCUCCUCUUUAUAAAAGUCUGUGGCAAGAGACACAGGGAUGGCAGCGCAGAGAGGCUGGACUGCGAGGGGGUGUUGAAGAGGCAGUACCCACCUGCUCCACAUGGCCUGGAUCAAGCAGUUUCUCCUCCUGUGGUCAAUCAUCCACGAGUCCCUGGCUUCCAAAGACACCUGCAGCAAACCCAAUUUUAAUAUUGAAAAUGUAGAUAUGAGUGACAUCAUGGAAACGCAGUUUGAAGUUGGUCGGAAACUUCGGCUGAAGUGCCAGAGGGGAUACAAGAGGAAAGCGGGAAAAUCCAACCUCAUCAAAUGUCAGAACGGCUCAGAAUUUGCCAAAUGGUCAGAUCCUAUCCUGCAGUGCAUAUGGAUGGGUGGGACUCCACCAGCAACUCCAAGCACCUCAUCAACUGAGAUCCCUAAGGAUUUGACUCCAACCGUCCAUUCCACAUCAGCAAUGACGUCUUUAGCAACAUCUGUAGAACCUACAUCUGUAGAACCAACAUCUGUAGAACCUACAUCUGUAGAACCUACAUCUGUAGAACCAGAAACAUCGGGAACUACAGCAGAGCAUUAUACAACGACGACAGUCACGUCAGAGACCUUAGGAAGCACUUUGUCAUCGGUGGCGACGACACUAACAGCAGCAGGAGCAGUAAAGUCCACAGCCCUGACCACUGCUACACGACCCCCUUCCGUCACAAGGCAAACCUCCACCAUCCCGCCAUUAGUCACAAACACCUCAGGAGGGGGGCCCUUAAACACGACACGGACAGCAGUAAGGUCGACGUCAAAUGUCUCGACUGUUGCAACUGGGUCCUCAACACCAGUACCGUCAGGCAGCAAACAGAGCACGGCAGCUGAAACAACAGUCAUGUUCAGCACCACAGGAAUGGAAGCAGUAACAACCAGGACAGCACUGGCAGAAACAUCAGUACAUUCUUCCACAACUUCAGAAACAACUUCUGAAAUUGCUUCUACUGCUGCUGUCACAGAUAUCAGCCGAACAGUGCCCGCUGGAAAGAGCCUUGGAUUAGUCAUCGGGGCCAGCACAAGCAGCUGCUUUGUCAUAUUGCUGGUCAUUUUAAUCUUCAUUUGGCCAUUAGUUUGCAAAAACAGAACUUGGUGCACCAGGCCGGGCGUCGCUGAGCAUGAAUUGACCCCAAUGGCACUGACGGAGGUACAAACAGUGGAGAAUCUGAGUGAGUGUGGACUUUUACAGCAAGAGGCAGAGAGUUGAUUUUCACCCACCGGUGAUAUGGUACCACCAUGUACAACGGCGACGAGGGAAAACAUGUAAAUAGGUCUGAGGAUGAGCCAAAGAAUCAACGUUGUACGUGCCGCAGCCACUCACGAAGCUGAGAUAAAUUCAGACUGCCUUCCAUUAUUGCCACAUCAACGAGCCAUCUGGAUACAUUUCAUCUGCCUGCUACUGUGGAGAACAGAGACUAGAAAAUGGACCACAGACAAUUGUUUCUCCUCAGUUAUAUUUAAUGGAUGAGCCAGGAUCAGGAAUUAACUCUAGAUACUAUUUGUGGGAGAUUUUUUUAAACCUCCCUUAAACUGGUGGCAAAGAGGUGAGCAGAAGAUUCUGAACUUUGAGAUAAAAGGUUAUAAUUAUAUAUUUCUAUUCCAUUCACCAGCAAAAUAAUAACUGAUUACAUGUCUCGAUUUCUGCAUGUGUAUUCCAGAUGGGAGUUUUAUUUUUUCAUCAAGAUGCUUUUAUGUACUUUUUAAGAUGCAUUGCUUAGCAGCUGCACUGUUUCGAAUGAUUGAAAGAUUUCCUUUUCUCAAAGGAUCGGUCUCAGGGUUAGAAGUUGCGUCUCACAGUGCCCCAUUUUUAUGUGCCGCCCGUGCAAAGACAAGUUUAAUUUAAAUCUCCUUAGCCAAGCACAACAGGAACACAGACGGAUACAGCAUGACAACCGGCCCUUUGGCCCACUUCACCCAUGCCAACCAUCGACCAUCUAUUCACACCAAAUCCCACACUAAUAUCUGUGCAUUUGAUACCAAAUACCAGAUGUGUGCGGUGAAAUUAGAUACCUAUUUGGAAAUCGUUCUGGGACAAUCCUUUUGUGGAUUGGAGACCCGUUACCAUAGCUGAUUACAAGUGGCAGAGCUAACAUAACAAUUACUUGUAUGUGGUGCUUAAAAAAAAGGUGCAGGAGUCGGCCAUUCGGCCCUUUGAGCCAGCACUGCCAUUCAAUAUGAUCGUGGCUGAUCAUCUAAAAUCACUACACCGUUCCUGCUAUUUCCCCAUAUCCCUUGAUUCCUUUAGCCCCAAGAGCUAAAUCUAACUCUCUCGAGAAGUCUUAUGCGUAGGUAGGCAUAACCUGAAACCUGCACCUCUCCUUGCGUUAGUACCCAAGCCAGCAUCUUAUGAUCGAGUGGUGUCAGGGGUUAUGGCGAGAAUGCAGGAGAAUAGCAGGUUGAAGAGAAAGUUAAGUCAACCAUGAUUGAAUGGCGGGGCAGACUUGAUGGGCCGAAUGGCCUAAUUCUGCUCCAAUCACUUACGAAGUAGGCACAUAUACCAUCCUUCUGGCUAAUAAUUUUAAGAAAUGGGUUCUUCCAAUAGAAAAAUGUAUAGUUUUGACAGGAACUGUAUAUAUAUCUUGGCAUUUAUAUCAUUGUAUUUAUGAUAUUUGGUGUACUAUUUUUUAAAUUAUAAAUAUAAAUAGGAGUAAUGCCUAUCUUUACUAAUUCUGCAUCAAAGUGGUUAAUGUGAAUUAGAUUUGAAACUUAAGUGAUUAAAAAACAAAGCCUGAAAUAGUAAUAUCUUAAUGUGAAGCUUGGGUGGAUGAUGUGAAUGUUGACUGCAUGACAGGCCUGUGGUGACAUUUCUGCAAAAACAAAUUCCUGUUUAUCUUUUAAUUCAAAACAUUAGUAAGGACUUCCUUGUUUGCACGCAAUAUGCAUGGAUGUUAUAAUUCAUAUUUAUUUAUGAUUGCAUAACAAAAAACUGGUAUCCUUAGCUGAAGGGUCGCUUGUCCAUGUUCUCCAGAGAUGCUGCCUGACCCAGCGAGUUACUCCUGCAGUCUGUGUCCUUUCGUGUAAAGCAGCAUCUGUAGUUCCUUGUUCCUACUUUCCUUCACCUCCAAAGCCCGCAAUCUUCACCACCGACGUGGUCUUGGGCAGCAGGCAAGGUAUCUAAUUUCCCAAUUUGGUAUCUUAACUCCAUUUUACAAUGCACCAUUUUGGGCGGCAAGGUGGUGCAGCGGUAAAGUUGCUGCCUUACAGCGCUGGAGACCCGGGUUCGAUCCCGACUACGGGUGCUGUCGGUACGGAGUUUGUACAUUCUCCCCGUGACUGCGUGGGUUUUCUCCGAGAUCUUCGACUUCCGCCCACACUCCAAAGACGUGCAGGUUUGCAGGUUAAUUGGCUUGGUGUAAAUGUAAAAAUUGUCCCCGGUGUGUGUAGGAUAGUAUAAGUGGGAGGGGAUCGCUGGUCGGUGCAGACUCGGCGGGCCGAAGGGCCUGUUUCCUGGCUGUAUCUCUAAACUAAACUAAAUUUCAGAACAAACUCGGUGAUGAGUGGCAAGACUCUGCUGCAGAUGAGGAAUUGUGAUCCAUUACAUAAAACGGGCAGCAGAGAACUCCCAUGUUGAUUAGACUGGAUUGAGGAGACAGCUGGUCUUCUUUUCGUGUCCAUCUUGUUACAAAUGUUGACCUCGCUGCCUGAAAAGGACGCAAGCUUCCGGCGACAAUCAGUGGGAGCCAUCACUUGUCGCGAUCGAUGAUGGUGGUGGCAGAAUUAGCUCGGGAUACUUCCAGUUUCCAGCCCCACAACAUGGACGCUUCUGCUAUGGGGCUGGACAGUUGGUAACCAGGCCAGAGCUUUGUAUCCAAACAUUGUCAAUUAACUUCCAGAACCCUUACGAGACAAUAAGAAGCUUGAGUUGGGACUGUUCCUAAUCGUUGAGUGAGACUUAGGGUCCUGUGCCAUUUCAUCAUAUCUGGCAAAAGACUGAAGAAGGUCCAUCUGUCUCCUCAGAUCCUGGUGAACUUCUAUCGCUGCACCAUCGAGAGCAUCCUUACCAACUGCAUCACAGUAUGGUAUGGCAACUGCUCUGUCUCCGACCGGAAGGCAUUGCAGAGGGUGGUGAAAAUUGCCCAACGCAUCACCGGUUCCACGCUCCCCUCCAUUGAGUCUGUCCAAAGCAAGCGCUGUCUGCGGAGGGCGCUCAGCAUCGCCAAGGACUGCUCUCACCCCAACCAUGGACUGUUUACCCUCCUACCAUCCGGGAGGCGCUACAGGUCUCUCCGUUGCCGAACCAGCAGGUCGAGGAACAGCUUCUUUCCGGCGGCUGUCACUCUACUAAACAACGUACCUCGGUGACUGCCAAUCACCACCCCCCCCCCAAAUUGUUUGCUAUGUCGCUCUUCAAGGGAGAUGCUAAAUGCAUUUCGUUGUCUCUGUACUGUACACUGACAAUGACAAUUAAAAUUGAAUCUGAAUCUGAAUCUGAAUCUGAAUCUGAAAUGAAUGACUUUGGGGUUGCAGUUAUUUCUGUAAACCUUAUUGUGUAGAGCAGGCACCAAUACAAAAUGUCACCAGCUGGUCAACUGCAUUGGUAUUGCUUGAUGAGGAGGGACGGUGAUGAGAGAAUUAAACCUGUGAUACAACUGCAAGAUUCUAUACGGAUUUUUUAUUAUACUUGUACCUCAACAAACUCGUGUGCAUGACAAUAAACUCGGCAUGACUUGAUAUGUAGCUAACCAGGAGGCCACAGAGGUCAGAUGAUCAUCUACGGUAACAUUAACUACACAAAAAUUCUGCCUAAUUAUUCGGGAACACUGUUAGGGAGAGCCCAGUGGUGUAAAUACCCGCAUUCCCUCUCUCUCUAUCCCUUCCCCAUCCAAGUAGCACUAGCUUCUCAUUUUCACCUUACAAACAGCUUACAAAGGCCCGUUUCCUUUAUCAUCGUUACUUUUUUUGAAUAUCUUUCAUAGAAACAUAGAAAAUAGGUGCAGGAGUAGGCCAUUCGGGCCCUUCGAGCCUGCACCGCCAUUCGAUAUGAUCAUGGCUGAUCAUCCAACUCAGUAUCCCAUCCCUGCCUUCUCUCCAUACCCCCCC